UUGAUUAAUAUUCCAGUUUUUCUUUCUUGGCAGUUAUGCUGUAGUCAUGCUAAAUUGUAAUGAUGCUAUGCACAUAAAUUUCAAGGUGAAAGACCAAUGCCCUAAAGAUAUAAUUCUGUGCUUUGAAUAUUCAGGACCAUGUCAUUCAAAAACACCACACGUGCCUGUUGAACCAAAAAAGCUUUCUACUGGAAGCAUAAUCGUUAUCAUUACAUUUUCAAUUAUGAUUGUAUACAUUGUGGGAGGUUGCCUUGUCACUUCGUUUUACCGAAACUCAACUGGAAUGGAACGAUGCCCGAACGUUAGACUUUGGAGCAAUUUGGGUUCUCUUAUAAAGGACGGAUUCUCUUACACGUUUUCUAAAAUCAAAUCAUCGAAAUCAGGAGGCUAUGAGAGUAUUUAAGAACAAAAUUCAAAACUAAACAUGAAUUCAGCAAAAUACUUCCAUAAGAGCCCAACAUCUAAUAAUAAUAAUAAUAAUAAUAAUAAUACAAGAUUGAAGUUACUCUCCACGAAGGUAAAGACACUGUAAGAAACUAUAAUAAUAAUAAUGAUGAUGAUUUUAAUAUAUGAUAAUGACUUUAAAACUAUAAUAAUCUUUUAUCUUUUACUUGUUUCAGUCAUUAGAUUGUGGCCAUGCUGGGGCACCACAUUGAACAAUUUUAGUCGAAUCAAUAGAGCUCGGUUCUGAUUUGAUUUUAACC